UAUCAGACGAACGGGUUCAUAAAAGUGCUGGAGAUCCUUCCGAGAGAGAAGAGAAGCCACUGUUGUAUUAAUCUUAAUCGCUUGGAAGAUGGGUGGUGCGGUGAAGGAUAUCGCUUCAAAGUCUGAGCUUGAUAACUUGCGCCAGAGCGGCGCACCAAUCGCGCUUCACUUCUGGGCUUCGUGGUGUGAUGCUUCGAAGCAGAUGGAUCAAGUCUUCUCUCACCUCGCUACUGAUUUCCCUCGCGCUCACUUCUUUAGGGUAGAAGCUGAGGAACAUCCUGAGAUAUCUGAAGCUUACUCUGUUUCUGCUGUUCCCUUUUUCGUCUUCUUCAAGGAUGGCAAAGCUGUGGAUACCCUUGAAGGCGCAGAUCCAUCGAGUUUAGCCAACAAGGUUGGCAAAAUAGCUGGUUCUAGUACUUCUUCUGAGCCUGCAAGCCUAGGGUUAGCUGCACGGCCGACGAUUCUUGAAACCGUGAAGGAGAACGCGAAAGCUACCGUGAAAGACCGAGCUCAGCCUGCGCCCACCACUGAAAAUCUCAAUGACCGUUUGGAGAAAUUCACUAACUCUCACCCUGUCAUGUUGUUCAUGAAAGGCACUCCUGAAGAGCCUAGGUGCGGGUUUAGCAGGCAAGUAGUGGGCGUUUUAAGAGAGGAGAAUGUUGAUUUCGGAAGCUUCGAUAUACUUUCUGACAACCAAGUGCGUGAAGGUCUGAAGAAAUUCUCAAACUGGCCAACGUUUCCUCAGCUGUACUGCAACGGGGAGCUUCUAGGAGGAUCAGACAUUGUCCUGGAGAUGCAAAAGAGCGGCGAGCUGAGACAAGUGUUGUCUGAGAAAGGGAAACAGAGUCUUGAAGAUAGGUUGAAGACGUUGAUUAACUCGGAGAAGGUUAUGCUUUUCAUGAAAGGUUCGCCGGAUGAACCAAAGUGUGGGUUUAGCUCAAAAGUGGUGAAAGCACUUAGAGAUGAGAAUGUGAGUUUCGGGUCGUUUGACAUAUUGAGUGAUGAAGAAGUGAGACAAGGGAUAAAGAGUUUCUCAAACUGGCCUACGUUUCCUCAGCUUUACUAUAAAGGUGAGUUAGUUGGAGGAUGUGAUAUCAUUAUGGAGCUGAGUAACAGCGGUGACCUCGGAGCAACACUAUCUGAGUAAUCACUAGCCUAUCUCUCUUUCCCUUUUUUGCCUGGUUGUGGACUUGUGGUGAGAAGAUUCUAGUUCCGGUUUAGGUGUUAUAAGACAUUGUUAUUUACUUAAGGUUUUGUCUGGUUAUUUCAAUGAUUGAGGAAACAUUUUUUCGCA